AUGGGCAAGUCUUCCAAGGAUAAGCGCGAUGCUUAUUAUCGCCUAGCCAAGGAACAGAAUUGGCGCGCCCGCUCAGCGUUCAAGUUGAUACAGAUCGACGAGCAAUUCGAUCUCUUCGAACACGAAAACCCGGAAAAAGUUACAAGAGUAGUAGAUCUUUGUGCUGCUCCGGGAAGCUGGAGUCAAGUACUCAGUCGUGUUCUCAUCAAGGGUGAUAGUUUCGGGCGACGGUCAUGGGUCGAUAAGAAGCGCAGAGAAAAGCAGAUCUUGCAAGAAGUUACCGGUUCAACAACAAAUGAUACCGGAAAUGAGAUUCAGAUCGGCGAGAGCGACCCAAGCUCUGAGCUGAAGCCUCGCAAAAAUGUUAGAAUCGUCUCGAUUGAUCUCCAACCCAUGGCGCCUCUCGAAGGUAUAACCACUCUUAAAGCCGACAUCACACACCCCUCCACAAUCCCUCUACUUCUGCGCGCUCUGGACCCUGAAGCCUACGACUCGCAAGCGCAAUUUUCUUCAGAAAUUCGAACGCCCCAUUCUGUUGAUCUCGUUAUUUCGGAUGGUGCGCCAGAUGUGACAGGUCUGCACGACCUGGACAUCUAUAUCCAGUCGCAAUUGCUCUAUGCUGCUCUAAAUCUCGCCAUGGGUGUACUUCGCCCAGGUGGUAAAUUUGUGGCCAAGAUCUUCCGUGGCAGAGAUGUUGACGUCUUAUAUGCACAGUUACGUACGGUCUUCGAACGGGUUAGUGUAUCCAAGCCUCGGAGUAGUCGAGCUAGCAGUUUGGAGGCAUUUGUGGUCUGCGAAGGAUUCAUUCCUCCUAUCAGUGCAGAAGGGCUCGUGGGAAUGGCGGCAUUGAAGAAUCCUCUUUUCGGUGGCUCUGCAGCACCAAAGCCUAUCUCAGAAGAUGGCAAUGUGGGUAUUGAGGUCUCUGACGAUCUAGACCAAGAUACCCUCGCUCGAAAUGUAGUGGCAAAUACAAUAUCGAGAGACAAUGCCUCUACACCAAAUCACUCCUUUGAAGUCCGCCAUCUUGAAACAUCAGAGCAGCCGCAGCUUCAGAAACUGUCCAAUAAAUUUGCGACGGAGAAUAGGUGGAUACCUUCUUUCAUUGCUUGUGGUGAUCUGUCUACAUGGGAUUCAGAUGCGUCGUAUGCUCUUCCUCCGGACCAUAUUAGUCUGGAUCCGGUGCAACCGCCUACUGCGCCGCCUUAUCGUAAAGCCUUGGAGCUUAAAAAAGAGAAAGGUGGCGCGUAUGGUAAAACAAAAUUUGGGCAGCUAGGCAGGGCCUGA